GCGGGCCAUUGAUUUUUCUCCAGCAUUCAAGUUUUAGCAGCCAUGGGAGUCGCUCUCGCGCUCUCCUUUCUCCUCUGCUUCUGUCUCCAUGGCGUGAGCUCCGGCUCCCCUUCCUUCACCUCGUUGUUUACCCUUGGAGACUCCUACAUCGAUGCCGGCAACUUCGUGAUCAUGGCUCCUCCGGCGGUGCCCGUAUGGCAUGACAAGCCUCCUUAUGGCAUGACCUUCUUUGGGCGCCCCACGGGCCGCCUCAGCGACGGGCGAGUCACCGUCGAUUUCAUCGCCGAGCAGUUUGGUCUCCCUCUUCUUCGAGCCUCCCUGCUAAACAGCUCAUCGGACAACGUCUCCAAAGGCGUAAAUUUUGCAGUCGGCGGCGCGACGGCGAUCGACGUCGACUUCUACGAGAGGAGCAAAUUGGUCCAGUUCAAGCUUAUAAACAAUUCUCUGAACGUGCAGCUGGGCUGGUUCGAGCAACUCAAGCCAACGAUUUGCAACAAGACCUUAUUAGGGCACAGAGAGUGUCUCAGUAAAGCCCUCUUCUUCGUUGGGGAGUUCGGAGUGAAUGACUACAACUUCGUGUGGAAUGCGGGGAAGACUGAAGACGAAGUGAGAUCCUAUGUACCCAAAGUUGUGAAAAAUAUUGUCAUGGCCGUGGAGACGCUCAUCAAAGAAGGUGCAGUUUACGUGGUCGUGCCGGGGAGUCCACCGAACGGGUGCUCGCCCACCAUGCUGACAACCCGCUCGAGCCUCAACAAGACGAUGAUGUACGACCACGUCGGCUGCCUAAGCGACAUAAACCGUGUGGCUAAGUACCAUAAUUCCAUGCUCCGUGCAGCGAUUGACGCUCUCAGGGGCAAGUAUUCGCAUGCCAAGAUCAUCUACGCCGACUUCUAUGGCCCGAUCAUCACGAUCCUCGAAAACCCUAGCCGUUUCGGAGUGGCCGGCGCCGACGCUCUAUUGGCUUGUUGCGGAGGCGGCGGGGCAUACAACUGGAAUGCCAGCGCUGUGUGCGGCAUGCCGGGGGUGAAAGCCUGCAAAGAUCCCUCGGCGUUCGUUAACUGGGAUGGGAUUCACUACACGGAGGCUACAUACCGCUUCAUUGCUGAAGGGUGGCUUCAUGGUCCUUUUGCCGAUCCGCCAAUACUUAGUGCUCUUCGCUAUUAGAGAGAAGACUUAACCAAAACCAUUACAGACAACAGGAGAAGUUCAUGAGUAUGUUAAUAUCAUAUUUUAGAAAGAAUUAGUGGUGGUGGCGAUGAGAGGCAUGGAGGAUCUACGAUGACAUAAUGGUAUCAUGGAGCUCGGUGGCGCCACGAGAGAGAGGGUGUUGAAAGAUGGUGGGCGCUGGUCCAGAGCGCUCGACGGG